AUGUCAACCAGUAGCUCCCCCUCCUCGGUUAUGGCGUCGCAACCGUAUGUUAUUAACUACGCACAUGCUGUUGGAUACGACUCUGUACCAGCGGCUGCCGUCUUCGCUGCCUUGUACGUCCCCCUCUUUGGGUGGUAUGUACUCAAAUCGAUCAAGAACCCGACCUAUGUCCUCAUCGUUCUUUCUCUUUUUUGUGCAAUCCGAAUCACAGCGUUCGUAAUUCGUGCCGUUCUCGCUAGCUCAAGCACGGCGGGGCAACACAUCGGUUUAUUAAUUGGCGAUCAGAUUCUGUUCGGUGUUGGAUUCUUCGGAUUGCUCUAUUCUGCGUAUACCCUCGUUCUCGAUCGUGAAUUGCUCAAAGGCACCUCGCCCCCUAGAAGCUUCAUCCUCCGCAUUACCCGCAAUCGUGCAUUAUUCAGAUUGGCUUUGACCAGCGCUGUUGCGCUGGGUAUCACGGGAACGACCAUGUCCCAAAGCUCCAACCCGAAAACAAUAUCAACAGGGCUGACAUUGCGUAAAGUUGGUACGAUCAUCUUCCUCGUGCUUACGGUGCUCCAGGCGUUCCAGACGCUGAUCUUGGCGAAGAUUGAGCUCACGGGCAAAUCCGAGCGUGAAGCUGACGAAAAUCAGUCUUUUGGGAUGAAAUAUGGAAUUUACAUCCUUUACAUCAUAUCCUUGCUUCUCCUCGUCCGAGAGGCAUUCUCGAUGGCCACGGUUAGCAACAUGUUCAAGCAGAGCAACGAGCACUUCUGGUAUCCCCUCGUCGCGCUUCCGGAAAUUCUUGUCGUGAUCUUGUUCUCGACGCCGGGUCUUGUUCCCAGUCGUUCUGAUCUUCAAAGGAAUACUGGUAAACCGGAGGCAUAA